AUGGUUCAAGGAAAGGAUAAUAAAGAAGUGGCAAUUGACACAAAGAAGAUCAAUGGAGGCGCAAAGAUCACAAGUGGUGGCGGCCCAUCGAUGACCAAACAGAAGACACAGAGCGCCUCGUCGCCAGCCGGUGGCUCACCACUGAUCGGCACCAAGCAAGACAAUGGCAGCGGCAGCAGCGGCAGUGGCAGUGGCGCACGCAGACCCGUAGUCACGUUCGAGCAGAUAAGGAUGAUCAGAGAGGUCACUGGCUGGACCUCCGAGGAGGACAUCAGUCGCGCCAUCGAAGAGUGCGGCUUUGAUGUCGACAAGACCAUCACUUACAUUGUCGAGGGUGUCAUCUCGGCGACCUCUGGCCGUUGGGAGGAGGUCGGAAAGAAGGAGAAGCCCAAGGAGUCUGGCGUACGUGGCGCAUCAAAGAAGGAUAAAGAUGGAUUGAGGGCUGAUAAAGAUGGCGAUCAUAGAAAGAACAAGUCCGGUGACUUUAGGUCGAACGGCAAGUCCAAUG